CCGGCCUACGAGCGCCGCGGAAGUUUGGGCCUCGCCUCCCGCCGUCCGCCGUCACGUGCGGGCCGCGGCGGCCGCGUCGUCAGGUGGGGGCGGCGAGCCCGGCGCGGGCCGAGCAGGAAGUGAGGCGGCGGCCGAGCCAUUCUUAAAGGGGCCCGAGAGCGCGCUCGGCGGCGGACCACCGAGGACCGGAAGGAAAAUGAGUGAGUCUUUGGUGGUUUGUGAUGUUGCUGAAGAUUUAGUGGAAAAGCUGAGAAAGUUUCGUUUUCGAAAAGAAACCCACAAUGCUGCCAUUAUAAUGAAGAUUGACAAGGAUAAACGCCUGGUGGUACUGGAUGAGGAACUUGAGGGCGUCUCUCCAGAUGAACUCAAAGAUGAGCUACCUGAGCGGCAGCCUCGCUUCAUUGUGUAUAGUUACAAGUAUCAGCAUGAUGAUGGAAGAGUUUCUUAUCCUCUGUGCUUUAUUUUCUCCAGUCCUGUUGGGUGCAAGCCUGAGCAGCAGAUGAUGUAUGCUGGGAGUAAGAACAAGCUAGUCCAGACAGCUGAGCUGACCAAGGUAUUUGAAAUAAGAAACACUGAAGACCUAACUGAAGAAUGGUUACGUGAGAAACUUGGAUUUUUCCACUAAUGUGAACUUCUGUGUUUCUAAAGUAUUUAUGUAUUAACCUGACCAUACUGGAACCAGACAUAAUUAUUUAUGCCUAAAAAUGCACUGUUACUUACAGUUCGUUUCCUGCAGUAAAGAAAAACUCUUCAUUUGUGCAGUUUGAACAAAGGGGAAAUCAUCUUCAUAGUAAUGAAACUUUGUGAAGUGUUUCCUUGUCUCUGUUAUUAUUGGAUGGACUACUUUUCUCCAGGGAUGAGUUGUACCCUUGUGACUAAUUUCUAUAACUUAUGAUUCAGAAUCUGUUACUGUUUGCAGACACUGUUGGAAGGUGGGUACUCGACUGUGACCGACAACGGACCCUCCUUUGGCCACUCUGGGUGCUGGCAGUUUCUAAGUGCAAAGAGCAUUUACCACUUGGCACAUCACUGAGUCUCAGUUGGGGCUAAAGUCGUAAGGGGCCAAUUUGGAGCCAUGAAGAGUGAUUUAGUAGAACCUCCGUUGCACUUCCCAUCAGUUUCCAUUUUUUCUUGGUUUAAUCAAGUCUAGAAAUUAAAUCAAUCACUCAUUCCUGUGGUCUGGGAGUUCAGUUUUGCGGUAGAGUUAGGAUUAUUAGGUUGUCUUCUUAUGGAAAAUAGCAUGCAGGUCUUAGAGACUGGUGAGUUCUACAAUCAAAGGCUUCGUUUCUGAUGAUGCCACCAGUAGGGAGUUAGAAUGUAGCUUGGUAACACUCUAAAGCCCCUCCUAUUGUCUUGUGAGCACUGGCCUAGAUAUGUUAAUUCUGUGCCUUUGAUUUGUCAGCUUUAACAUUAGCUUAAGACUUCUACACUGCCAGUAUUCUAGAUUUGGUGAAAUUAAUACUUUUUUAGAGGGUUCAAGUAAAACAAUUUUCUAAUAUGUAUAACUGAAGUUUGUAAUAAAACCAACUUGUUAUUUUUAAAAUUCCAACUAUCUGCCCAAAGUUGUGAAUAUAUGGUAGGUGAUAGUUAUAAUUUGGGGUAUAGUUGCUAUUACUUUUGUGCCAUAUGUAAGCAUCAUUUAAAACUUUGGUCAUAGUUAAUAACAACACAGCAAUAAAUGUCAUACCUUUUAUCCUAAUGUCAAAAGAAGUUCUCAUGUGGAGUGAGCCUGUCACGUUAGAGGUGAGAGCGUCAUCAGGAAGCAAGGCUUCUAAUCUACUUGCAAUUAUUAUGUCACACUUAAGAAAGUGAGAGAAACUGCUGAAUAGUAGUUUGCUUUAAAGAGAAAAGUAGAGAGACUGUGUAGAGGCUGACCAAAUUCUUGUAUUAAGAAGGUAAUCAUCAGAUUGGUGUGGUGACACACGCCUUUAAUUCUAGCACGUGGGAGGCAGAGGCUGGGAAUCUCUUUGAGUUCAAGGCUAGCCUGGUCUACAAAUUGAGUCCAGGACAGCUAGGUCUACACAUAGAGACCCUGUCUGGAAAAAAAAAAAAAAAAAAAGGAAGGUAAUUAUUUUGAGCUGGGCCCUGGUGGUGCACACCUUUGAUCCCAGCACUUAGGAGGCAGAGAUAGACAGAUCUCUGGAUCUCUGAGCUCCAGGCCAGCUUGUUCUGCAGAGCAAGUUCCAAGACAGGCAGGGCUACACAGAGAAACCCUGACUCAAACCUUACCACACCUCAUUUCCCUACCCAUCCCCCCAAAAAAAGAAAAGAAAAACUAGCAAAAGCAUCAUUAUGCUGGCUGUGUUCAUUGCAUGGUAUUUGUCUUGUUGAGGGCUCUGCGCCAGUUUCACUGGAGGAAAGGUAGUUGGAAUUUUCAUAGUGUAAUAGAGUGUGUUGUAUUCCCAGCUGUGUGUUCGCUAGCCUGUGUGUCAGGAAGCAAUUGCAAGCGCUUGAGGAGGUGUUUGUAUUGGAUCGUGAAUGGAAAAGUUAGUUUACUUCAGUGUCCAGACAGUGAGAAAACUUCAUCCAAGAAGUUUAAGGGGUCCUUAUACAGGUGUUUUGGUAUGGGCUAGAUAAUAACUUGCUUAUAAUCCUACAGAAAUGCAAAUGAGAUCCAAGUAGAGAGCGACUUGAAUGUUUUGAAUGAUGCAAAUAAGGUUUUUCACCUGGUUGUAUUAAGUACACUUUCAAAAGCAGUGCUACAAGAGCACACGGUUUGAAUGUGGUUCUUUACUUUGGCUUGCUUAUUUCAUUUAGUUUUGAAACUUCAAAGCCUUUCAUCAGGUCGAUGGCACUGACCUGCCAUGUACAGGACUCUUACUCUCCAGUUCUAGCAGCAGCACAGAGGUGAGCAGCUUUCUUUUUCAGGCUUGUCAGGCCCUUACCAAUAAGUGAGCCUUUGUAAGGCAGCACAUUGAAUUGGGGCAUUAAUAGAGCAUUUUUAUUCUGUCUGUCCUUAGACAGGUUUAUAUGUUUCUCUUUACCUAAAAUUUACAUUCUUUUAAAGUAUUUUUAAAAUUCUUUUUCUGCCUUUCCAUAAAGAAUAUGUCCAGAUUUUUACACUCCAUGAUUUUCUGGAACAACCAUUCCCACUCAGCCUUAAAUCUUUAUCUUUACUUUUUGGUAGCCACUCUUUCUAGGAACCUCUUUCUUUUUUUAAGUUUGGAAAUUUCCGAUCUUAGCUAACUUGUGCGUAACAUCUAAUGUUAGAACCAACUAGGAAUCACAAUGUAUGUGUAAUACAGUUUUUAUGACAACCUAAGUGACGUAUGAAGAAAGGUAUUCUCAGGUUACUGUGCUGAAAUUCCAAAAUGCUUUGAGUUUUGAACAGUAAUCACUUUGCUCUGGUAGUAAAACAGUUCCGUGAGGAAAAAGCUGAUUGACUGUGUGUUUAAGUGACUUCUGAACUGUGUGAAUUGUCUGUCCGAGGAGUUUGCUGGAUGCCCAGUGCAGGGAAAGCAUUAAUAAAUAAUUGUAACAAAAUGUGUGCUGGCAUUUUCCCCUCCCUAUUUGUCUCCUAUUUUCAGGAGCCAAACUUAGCCAUAAACUGUACCCUGGUCUGACACUUUCACUUAAUGGUUUCCAGUUAGCAGAGUUUAUUGCCAAAUUAAACUUGGCUCUUUUCCCACCUAAAAAUAAACUAAGGAAGGUGCACCUAAGAAAUGUUUGAACACUUGCAAAACUCAAGUGACUCCUUCAAUCUGUGUGUGGACUAGUGAACAGAUACUUUCAUAAGAGUUGAAAGGCCAGUGUUUGGGGAGUAGAGAGUGAGCUGUAUUCUGUCACUUCUGUUAAUAUGGUUGUAUUCCUAGUUUGUUCUGUAGACUGAUAAUACUGGAAUCCAUAAAGUUGGAGCCUUUACAGCUUACGUGAAGAAAUGUUGCAAACAUUUCUGGAUGAAUCUUAUUUUGUAUUUCUGAAAGAAUGUAAAUAAUCUCCUAGGCCUCUUCAUUCAUGCUGAUAGUUCCAAAGUGAAUGUUUCUUGCUAGGCCAUUUGACAUUUCAGAUCAAUGAUCAUAUUCCUGUAAUGUUAAAACAGUUACGUUGCGCUUUGAUGGAAACGAUUUCUUGCUUUUUGGAAUAUAAUUACUUGAAUAUUGUUUGAGAUCACUAAUAUGCCAGGGCGCGUCCCACUGAUUUUGAUGGUCCAAUGUAAUCUCAUUCAGGAGGCUUGAACAUUGGUGGUUUAGUCUUGUGAAUUUUAACAGUUCUCUGUCAUUGUGUAAGAAAACCAACAGCUGGCACCACUUCUUGAGCUGUGGUUCCAGUCUGCUAAUUCAUCCGCAUGUUUACUUUGGAGUCUUUUGGUAAGCAUGGUCCUUGUACUGGUUUAAAUAAAAUGCUAACAUGAAAGCA